AUGGCCACACAAGAAACCGCAAAGACUCUAUAUCUUGAUGCAGACGGCAUCAAAUAUGCAUACCGACUCAUCGGAAAUUCCACCUCAAAGAGUCACCCAGUUCCUUUGCUGAUGCUCAACCAUGUUCGGGCCACCAUUGACACAUGGGAUCCUGAAGUUAUCAACAAUUUUACUGCGUCUGGUCGGCAACUUAUAACGUACGAUUAUGCCGGGAUAGGACACAGUCAGGGCAAUAUUGCGCCAUCCAUCAGGGGUUUUGCUGUUAAUCUGCUUGCCUUUCUCAACGUGCUACUCCCAUCCUUGCACACUCAGCAGGUGGAUAUUCUUGGAUUUUCCAUGGGCGGUUACGUUGCUCAACAGUUUGCUUUGGAUGCUCCAAACCUGGUUAACAAAUUGGUUCUCUCCGGUACUGGCCCUAGCCUUGGGCCGGGCGUUGAGCGGCCAAUGAAUGAGGUGCAAUCUACAGUCUUCAACCCAACUCCAGGGCUGCCAACAAUUGAAGCAUUCUUCCCAUCUUUCACGACCGGUAAUGAGGGACAAGCUUGGUUCAAUCGAAGCUUCGGUGCACGAGAAGGCGUUGCUGGGAAACAUGGAGAACCUGAGAUUGCGGGCUUCACAACUGGAGAAUCUCUAGUCAAUCUCACACAGGCUUACCUGACUUGGGACGCUGAUCCAGUCCCCUAUUCUCUAUUGCAAACUAUACAAAAGGAUGCCCUAGUUACUUCUGGAGACAAUGAUCUUAUCGUUCCGUCGCAAAAUUCCUUUGUUCUUGCCCGACAAUUGCCACGAGCCAACUUCGUUAUGUUUCCCAGCAGUGGCCACGGCCAUCUGUUUCAAUAUGCCGGCUAUUUUACAAAGGUCGUUGGCGAAUUUUUGGAUGGUCAUCUGCCGACGGCUCCAUUCUCAGCUGGCCGAGCUCCUCCGUUCGGAACAUAUGGAGAAAUCAACGGCGCUUAA